AUGUCGAUUUCGUCAGCAAGUUCAGUGUUCGACAAUGAAGAACUGGUCAACAAUGACGAAGAAGAUAUCGACUUUUACGCGAUUCUGAAUGUGCCCAAAAAUGCUUCACUUGAUGAGAUCAAUAAAGCAUAUCGACAAAAAUGUAAGAUCUUCCAUCCAGACAGGCACAUGGACUUGGAGGAGAAACGCGAGGCUGAAAAAUACUUUGUCAAGCUCCGAAAAGCUCAUGAAAGUGAGUAA